AUGCUGACAGAGAGCGAUCAGCUCAUGGAGCUCUAUAUGAGCCUCGCCAGCGUAAAAGAAGAAUCGCAACACGAAAACUUUGGGAAAAGCUCUGAAGGCUUGGGAUACCUCGACUCCUCGCAGUCUGUGCUCGAGCUCCUCAUCGACAUUGAGCCUCCUAAAGACUCUUCAGCUGUUCCGGAAGUUGUAUAUGGGAAAGGUCGCAGAAGGAAGGGGACCAAGAAAGAGGGAGGCAAGGACAGUAUGGUAUCGAUACCAGUUGUCUUGAAUCAGGACUUGACUGCUUUGCGAGGCCGGAAAGGCGAUACUGGAAGCGUACUCUGGCGCAGCUCUUUACAUCUGGCAAGACAUGUCCUAUUCCACCACCUCUUCCGUCCUCAAAACCCCCUCCUUGACAUCGACCGCCUGAACUCUGCCCACAUACUCGAGCUCGGCUGUGGUACCGGUCUCCUGGCAAUCCUACUCAGUCAGCUAUGUGGUCAAUAUACCGCGUCAGACCAACUCGACAACCUGAAACUCAUCCAGCGAAACCUCGAGUUGAACGAUAUUCCCGUCUCAUUCUCGUCCUCCACUCCAGUCAGCGAGAGCGCAGUUGACAAGAAAGGGAUGGGUAGAGAAGUCAAGAAGGAAGUCGUGCUGGAAGAGGUCGACUGGGUCGAAGUCUCAAAGUCCCAAGGCCGUUACCGCUCGCCCGACGAUACCAAAACAUACGACCUCAUCCUCGCCGUCGAUUGCAUCUACAACGAACACCUGAUCCAACCCCUCAUCGACACUUUCGCCCAGUACUGCCAACCGGGGAGCCGAACAGUGGUUUGGGUCGUAGUAGAGUUAAGGAGUGCCGAUGUUAUCGGCACGUUUCUGAAUACUUGGAUCGACGACCCCAGCGGGCCUUGGACGAUAGUCAGGCUUGGGGAGGAUGAUAUGGGGGACUGGGGGGAGGGGAGGAAACCGCGCUGGGUGGGAUGGGUGGGCUGGAGAUGA